AACCCAGCCGCGCUGCCGCCGCCGCCGCCGCCGCAGCCCGAGUCGGAGGAGAGAGGACCCAGUGAGAAAAUGGCGGCCGUGGCUGCUGAGGCGGCGGCGACCGCGGCGUCCCCCGGGGACGGGGGCGCCGGCGAGGCCGAGCCGGAGCUGGAGCCCAUCCCCGGCAGCGAGGCCGGCACCCCCCUCCCGGUUACGGCCACCGAGGCGGCGGUGCCGGACGGCGAGGCCGACGGGCGCCAGUCCGCCCCUCAGGCCGACGAGCAGCCGCUGCCGCCGCCGCCGCCGCCGCCGCCUCCGGGGGAGCCGGCCGGCGGCCCCGAGGCCGAGCUCAUCCCCGGCUCGGAGGUGCGGGUCACGCUGGACCACAUCAUCGAGGACGCGCUCGUCGUGUCGUUCCGCCUCGGGGAGAAGCUCUUCUCCGGAGUCCUCAUGGACCUGUCGAAAAGGUUUGGGCCCCAUGGGAUCCCUGUGACAGUAUUUCCCAAAAGGGAAUAUAAGGACAAACCGGACGCCAUGCAGCUCCAAAGUAACACAUUCCAAGAAGGGAUAGAAGUCAAGCGGGAAGUGAAUGGUGCUGUUCCCGAUGACCUUUCUCCAGUCCCUCCUCCUGAGCGCCUGUGGACUUCCAAACCACCUCCUCUCUUUCACGAAGGAGCACCUUAUCCUCCCCCCUUGUUUAUCAGGGACACAUAUAACCAAUCAAUACCUCAGCCGCCUCCUCGGAAAAUUAAGCGACCCAAACGAAAAAUGUACAGGGAAGAACCCACUUCAAUAAUGAAUGCGAUUAAGCUACGGCCCAGGCAAGUCCUGUGUGAUAAGUGUAAAAACAGUGUUGUUGCAGAAAAGAAGGAAAUUAGGAAAGGUAGCAGUGACUCUUCUAGGUAUGAAGAUAAAAAACGGAGAAAUGACAGUGUAGCUACUGUGAACAAAAAACUGAAAACUGACCAUAAAGUGGAUGGGAAAAACCAAAACGAAAGUCAGAGACGAAAUGCUGUGGUGAGGGUUUCCAGUAUUGCUCACAGCAGAGGCAGAGUAGUCAAAGUCUCUGCUCAGGCAAAUACGUCAAAAGCUCAGUUAAGUACCAAGAAAGUGCUCCAGAGCAAGAACAUGGAUCAUGCAAAAGCUCGGGAAGUAUUGAAAAUUGCCAAAGAAAAGGCACAAAAGAAGCAAAGUGAAACCUCCACUUCCAAAAAUGCACACUCGAAAGUUCAUUUCACACGCCGCUAUCAAAAUCCUAGCUCAGGUUCCCUCCCACCUCGAGUGCGUUUAAAACCACAAAGGUACAGGAACGAAGAAAAUGACUCCUCUCUGAAGACAGGACUGGAGAAAAUUCGAAGUGGCAAGCUGGCCCCUAAGCCGCAGUCUCGCUGCACCUCCACCCGCUCAGCAGGUCUCAACAAAUGGCAGCUAUUACAUCAGACAGUGACGAGUCCUGCUGCUCCCUUACAGUGUCUGACAGACCACUGUGGAUUCAGACUGGGAGCAUUGAAGUUAACAGUGAAGCGGGCAGGUCUGUCUGUCUUAAGCCCUGCCAGGAAGUGAAGAGGGCACCACAUCAUCAUUAACCAUCCCUGAAGCAGAUUAGGCUAGCCUUCAGAAGACAUUAGUUUUAUUGACCUUGGUAGUUGGCUGUACUUCCUUUAGCACAAAGACAUUAGCAGAUUGCUGGUUUCUUGGACGUGUACCGCAGUGACAGAACAACAGAGCAUCAGGACUGAAUAAGAUUGGAGUUUUAAGCUGCACUAAGAAGUAAAUGUUAAGGCAGUGACUAAAACCAGUCAUCAAUACAGGGGCACUUGCAAAGUAGACUGAAUGGAAGAAAAGGUAUUAGGGAAUAUUUUAUAUAUAUAAAAGAAACAAACUGCUGCAAUAAAUUAUGCAUGAGGUGAGGAGAAAAGUGAUAACACAGGUGCAGGAUGCACUUGAGUGUGAUGCUGAAGAAUCACUGACAGUAGCUUCUUUUGAAUGUGACAGUAGUUGGGACAGGCCUACCAGGCAUGGGACGGUGCAGGAAUGUGGAAUUGUUUUGCAUACUUAACCUUUGUGCUUUCUCUAAGGAUUAUGUUUAUGAGUUCAGAAGUGAGCAGAGGUGUGUUUAAAAUGGCACUCCUGUGAAAGAACAAUGGUCACAUGUGCUAAGGCCAAUGUUUCCUUCAGGGUGCCAGUAGAAACAAGAGGAAGAUGAUCUGACAUCCUGCUGAAAGGAUGGUUAAGUGCCCCACCCCACCCACAAGUAAAAUGUUGAUCUUUUCUUUCUUUUAAUAAAACAGGGCUGUAUUAUCUUGAAUAUAUGUUUGCUUGUUAGAACAUAAUAAGAUGUAUUUAUUUGCCACUAGUAUUUAACAUUUUGUGCACAUUUUCAUAACCACAUUCUUACCUUUUCGUAUUUUGACCCCCAAGUGGAUAGGCUAAUGUUGAUCUUGGAAUGAAAUGGUACACUCCCAAGAACUAGCUCAUAAUUUUCCUGAGCUGGACAGGCUUUUAUUACUGCCUCUCCCCUUACUGAGUGGUGCUGUUGAGAAAAGGUGACAGCAUCAGUGUUGAUCUGCACCUCUUUCCACAGCAAGAAGCCCCUACUUUUCAGUGCAGAAAAGUCUCACAGGUGUCUAGAGGAAUUGGCCCUGGGGGACAAGUGGCAGAAACAGAUCCAUGAAAGCAGCCUAAACUUUUGGUACAUCAAACAUGAAUUCUUAACCGAGACCACAGAUUUUUGUCUUUGGUAAAUACAUACUAUGAAACCCCUUAAUUUUUCUUGUUUCAUGAAUGGAGAACACAUGAGAAAAUCCGAUGGACCUGCUAGUACUACAUUUUUAAAGCAUUUUAUAUUUGAUGGUGCCGUAAUUUUAAUAAUAAAACUGAAGAUUUUUAGUGGCAAUACUGAUUUAUUUUUUAAACCAGAAAGAUAACACCAUAUUGAUUACUUACUACAAAAAGAAAAAAAAAAAAAAAAGAAAAAAGCCAAAAAGAAAAAAGAAACUUAACUCACAAAACCUAUUCAAAGCAACACAACUGAUGAAGGAGCACUUGGCUCAAGAGUUCACUUUCUGAUCUUUCUGUGUGGGUGAGGUUACCCAGCAGCCCAUUGCUCAGGGUUAGAAUAUGCUCUGGGUGGUAUUUUUACAUCAUUUACUAUAGCUGACUGUGAUUUGAUUUGUAACUCAAGAAGAAAAGCCGGGUAGUCUGGAGUCUAGUGAGCUUAAUUCAGACCCUAACAUAUUGCAAGUGCUGGGAAAUCCUGACUGCAUUUUACAGUGAUCUCUUUGGAGACUUCCAUACCAUGACAUCAUCUUAUCAAAUGGGCUCAGGAACUAUAACAGCAGGGAGCUGUGGGAAAGACUUGAAUCACAGCUCCAGGCUCUGGGGUCAGACUUGUCUUAGACCCCCAACACCAGCAGUACCUUUCAUGCUCACUCAGGAACCAGAUGUCUCCCAAGCCAUGUGGAAUUAUGCAUGGAUUGUAUCAGGAAGACCUUUAAGCUUUAGAAAUCUUUAUCUGUAGAGUGAUGGAAUUGACCAAAAAAUAAAAAAAAAUAAAAAAAAAAUUAAAAAAAGUUAAAAAGGCAGAAGCACUGGGAGAGAUCAGGUUUUGAAAAAUCUACAUAUUUUUUUCUCAUGACAAAUCCUUAAAAGCAUUUUAAUACAAACUAGAUUUUCAUUUAUAAAAAAAAAGACAGUGGUAUUUAAAAUCUAGGCCUACCAUGUUACAGCUUCAUUUCUAUUGCUUUAGUUGCUUAAUAUUUAAGCUCUGCUUCAUGCUACCUUUUGUCUGUUAUUUAAAAUCUUCACAGGCCUAUUUUAUUUGUAGACUUGAAUGACACAUUGUUUCUCACCUUCCAUCUGCUCAGAGUUAAAUGUUAAAGAAUGUUGUGUAACGUUAUCCAAUAAAGUCAUUGAUUUUUUUUUAAUUUAA